GGUGAGGAGAGCUUAAAGGACGUAACCGAUUCAGAACAAAAACGACACAAACCCCCUGGAGAAAAAAAGUUCAUCUGUGACCACUGCGACAAGAGAUUCAGUCAGUCACAACAUCUGAAGGUCCAUCAACGUAUCCACACAGGAGAGAAACCUUACACCUGUGACCACUGCAGCAAGAGAUUCAGUCAGUCACAACAUCUGAAGGUCCAUCAACGUAUCCACACAGGAGAGAAACCUUACACCUGUGACCACUGCAGCAAGAGAUUCAGUCAGUCACAACAUCUGAAGGUCCAUCAACGUAUCCACACAGGAGAGAAACCUUACACCUGUGACCACUGCAGCAAGAGAUUCAGUCAGUCACAACAUCUGAAGGUCCAUCAACGUAUCCACACAGGAGAGAAACCUUACACCUGUGACCACUGCAGCAAGAGAUUCAGUCAGUCACAGUAUCUGAAGGUCCAUCAACGUAUCCACACAGGAGAGAAACCUUACACCUGUGACCACUGCAGCAAGAGAUUCAGUCAUCAGACCUGCACAAUCUCAGAGGAACCUGAAGACGAGUACCGAGAUGGUUUCAGUGAGGAGCAGCUAACCGAGUCAAAGAAAACUCCAGAAAAACCACACUGCAGUGACCAGGGUGAGGAGAGCUUAAAGGACGUAACCGAUUCAGAACAAAAACGACACAAACCCCCUGGAGAAAAAACGUUCAUCUGUGACCACUGCGACAAGAGAUUCAGUCGGUUAUGGACUCUGAAGGUCCAUCAACGUAUCCACACAGGAGAGAAACCUUACACCUGUGACCACUGCAGCAAGAGAUUCAGUCAGUCACAGAAGCUGAAGGCCCAUCAACGUAUCCACACAGGAGAGAAACCUUACACCUGUGACCACUGCGGUAAGAGAUUCAGUAGGUCAGUGAGUCUGAAGAUCCAUCAACAUAACCACACAGGAGAGAAACCUUACACCUGUGACCACUGCGGUAAGAGAUUCAGUAGGUCAGUGAGUCUGAAGAUCCAUCAACAUAACCACACAGGAGAGAAACCUUACACCUGUGACCACUGCGGUAAGAGAUUCAGUUGGUCAGUGAGUCUGAAGAUC